CACCGGAUACCCACAGCAGGCUAUGCUUUGCUGGGUGACUAUAUAAAAAGCGCAGUUCUAUCGUAGCCAGCCUGCGUAAACUACAACAAACCAGUGUCCACAGGUGUCAAACCGGCAGGCGUAUAAAGGUCCUCCAAGCAGCUGCCAGCUCAUUUUAUCCUACCGCAUUAUCAAUGGCAUCUGUUCCCCCCAAUCCCGAUACAAGAGAACUUCCCUUUGGUUGGAUACAGCAGUACAACUGGGAAUAUGGACGAUGGUAUGAUCUCACCGUCGCUACGACCAAGCGCGAACCACUGAAUAACCUUAGGUUCUAUGUGAAUACGCGCGAACAACCACCACGAUCAACGUGGGAACACCCCUUAGGUCCCCCUCAACCGGGCUAUAGCCGUUCAGGAGGCUACGCCCCUGGAUAUCAACAACCAUACGGUAGUCCUCAACCCAAUUAUGGUCCGCCCGCAAACUACAGCAACGCGCCUCAAGGCGGCUACAUGGGCGGGGGAUAUCAAGGCCUCUUCGGCGGUUCAGGUGGACAACAGCAACCCAAGAGGAAAACUGGGAUGGGGGUGGGGACCGCAUUGUUGGCAGGCGCUGCUGGUCUGGCUGGCGGUGCUCUUCUUACGGACGCGUUUGAACACCACGAGGAACGGGAAAGAGAGGAAGCUUAUGACGACGGAUAUGACCGAGGAUAUGACCAGGGAUGUGACCAGGACUACGAUCCAGGGUACGGCUUCGAUGACGGAGGAGGAUGGUAAAUGAUGUGGCCGAUAAUGUUGGCGGAAACGCACUUCUGACGGCAAUUUUGUAAACCCCACCGUGCACCGAACCAGGUGCUCGUUUUUGAUAUGUACGCAUUGCCUACCUGCACUGGUAUGUGCAUGUCUUUGUAGGGUAGGAUUUCUUGUAGAAUCAGUAUCGUUUUGUGGCGUCCAUGUGCUUUCACAGCUCACGGCCGUGCGGGGCUAUCCUCAGAUAUUAAGCAUGCUCUCCCCAUCUGCAUGCUUAAGUUGCCCCCCGUGCGAUGAUACUGGACGGGAAUGGAUGAUGUCGAGGUGAUAGGCCAUCAUGAAUCUUACAGCAUAACAUAUGUAACUGGAUGUCAAACAGCGAUUGGGGGCUAUGCACGAGUCGCUUCCAGUGCCCCGUGGGGGGCCAGUACUCCAGUGAUCAGAAUAGGACG